AGCUCUCACGCUGUGCAGCUCGUCUGUGUCUGUCAGCAGGUCAGCAGCGCCUCCACUCCUCUGCCAGGCUUCACUUUCAUCACUGACUACCAUCACUGACUACCAGCCAUCAUGAGGGAGAUCGUGCACCUCCAGGCCGGCCAGUGCGGCAACCAGAUUGGUGCAAAGUUCUGGGAGGUGAUCAGCGAUGAGCACGGCAUCGACCCAACGGGAGCCCACCACGGAGACAGCGACUUGCAGCUGGACCGCAUCAGUGUGUAUUACAACGAGGCCAGUGGUGGGAAGUAUGUGCCCAGGGCCAUCCUAGUUGACCUGGAACCAGGUACCAUGGACUCAGUCCGCUCUGGACCUUUUGGACAGAUCUUCAGACCGGACAACUUUGUCUUUGGUCAAAGCGGAGCAGGAAACAACUGGGCCAAAGGUCACUACACGGAGGGGGCAGAGCUGGUGGACUCGGUCCUGGAUGUGGUGAGGAAAGAGGCAGAGAGCUGUGAGUGUCUGCAGGGCUUCCAGCUCACACACUCUCUGGGAGGAGGAACGGGCUCCGGCAUGGGCACCCUGCUCAUCAGCAAGAUCAGGGAGGAGUACCCAGACCGCAUCAUGAAUACCUUCAGCGUGGUGCCCUCUCCGAAGGUAUCGGACACAGUGGUGGAGCCGUACAACGCCACGCUGUCGGUCCACCAGCUGGUAGAAAACACAGACGAGACCUUCUGCAUUGACAACGAAGCCCUGUAUGACAUCUGCUUCCGCACGCUCAAACUCACCACGCCCACGUACGGCGACCUCAACCACCUGGUCUCGGCCACCAUGAGCGGCGUGACCACCUGCCUGCGUUUCCCUGGCCAGCUCAACGCCGACCUGAGGAAACUGGCCGUCAACAUGGUGCCCUUCCCCCGCCUCCACUUCUUCAUGCCGGGCUUCGCCCCUCUGACCAGCAGGGGGAGCCAGCAGUACCGCGCCCUAACAGUGCCCGAGCUCACCCAGCAGGUGUUCGACGCAAAAAACAUGAUGGCGGCCUGCGACCCCCGCCAUGGGCGCUACCUGACGGUGGCCGCCGUGUUCCGCGGCCGCAUGUCCAUGAAGGAGGUGGACGAGCAGAUGCUGAACGUGCAGAACAAGAACAGCAGCUACUUCGUUGAAUGGAUCCCCAACAACGUCAAGACGGCCGUCUGCGACAUUCCGCCGCGAGGCCUCAAGAUGGCCGUCACCUUCAUCGGCAACAGCACGGCCAUCCAGGAGCUGUUCAAGCGCAUCUCCGAGCAGUUCACCGCCAUGUUCCGCCGCAAGGCCUUCCUCCACUGGUACACGGGCGAGGGCAUGGACGAGAUGGAGUUCACCGAGGCAGAGAGCAACAUGAACGACCUGGUGUCUGAGUACCAGCAGUACCAGGACGCCACGGCCGAGGAGGAGGGGGAGUUUGAGGAAGACGUGGAGGAGGAUGCCUAGAGUAGGAACAGAAAAAAAAGUAACAUUAGCUGAAGAAAGAGAUGAAGUAAAUGAACCCAAAAAAUCCAGAAAAAACAACAAAAUAUUGUGAUAGGAAAUGAAGGAAUUUAGCAGAAAUGAAAGGUGAACGUAGGCAGAGAAGUGAAGGAGAAGCGGGAUGAGAAACAGGAUAAAGAUUAAUUGACAUGUCAUUACCUCUUGCAGCAUUCUGCAGUCACUGGAAAAAAAACUGAAUCCAGUGUGACAACAUUUAAACAAAGGUGAAAGACAUUGAGAAUGUCAAGUGUUGGAAUCCCUGUAACCGUGGCUUAAACCAGGCCUGCAGCCAUGGAAGUAAGCUUCAGAAAUGUGAAAUCACACCAUUAUCAGUGUUUAGUGCUUCUAUGAGUGUUCGUAACUUUUGCCAUUACUCAUGAGCUUUGAAGAUCCCCUAUGAGAUCCUUGUGAAUGUUGGUAGUAGAUAUUUCCUCUAACUUUGAUAAGAAAUAGCUAUCAGGGUUAUUAUAUCCACAUCAAAGUAAUAGACCUCUCUCCAUUCAUGUUAAACAGAGAGCUCUCUCACAGUGUUGUAGCUUGCCUUUUAUGGAGAAGAACUUCAUGUAACAAAUCACAUAAUCAGGUCAUUUGAUUUAUUUUAUUUUAUUCAGAAAGCAUAGAUAAAAGUGUCAUAAGAAAGAUACAUGUUUUAUUAUGUUUUUGUUGCAGAGACUGCAGCCAAUUCAGCAUAUUACAUAACGAUAAUUUCAACAAAGGUCUGUUUCACUGAACUCCCGACCAACAAAUUGACUUUACUAGGAUACAUGUUCACAGUUUUAAUGCAGCAGCGGCAGCAGCAACAUUAGCAGGAUUAUUCUCAGACGCCAGCCAACGUCAUGAGGACGAUCACACUCUGCAGAUGUCCUGUCAGGUCAUGGAAAGCUUAUUUACCUUUAAGUGAUCUGUUUUUUUCCCCCUGAUAUGUUGGACUCAAAAAGGCCUGAGCUUUGCUGCUUUUGGAUUGGAACCAUGAAUCAGCCAAGUAUUCUAAGUUAAAUACAAAGAUGUAAACUCUAAAGCCUCUGCUUUGAAAAGGAUGAACCCAUUCCUAGGAAGUCCAAGUGAUAGUUUAAUGUUUUCAAUUAAAUAAAAGUUUAAUGUUUUAUUAUAUAUCUCAUCACAGUACAUCUAUGCUACAUCUGUCUUUCUAUUUGACAUUACUAAGUCAUUUAAACAUUUUAGCUAUUUAGGCUUUUUGACACGUUUAAAAAAUACAAUUUUCUUUUUUUUAAAGGGGAACACAAUUGCACAAUUUAACAUUCGGAUAAAUGUUUACAGAGCCGCUACAGUAUGCAUUCAAAUCAAACAGAAGCCAGUUGUGUUCAGUAUGUGUCGUCCUUAUGUCUGUGUGUUUCUUUGUGUGUUAAUACCUUUUUGAAAUCCUGUAGAACAGUUUGACUUUGGAUCCCAUUGACUGUGAAACACUUGUGAAAAAAAUAAA